GCCGGACGGGCAACUGGGCGACUCUCGGUGCCUCGUUGAGGAAAAAAGUCAACUAAAGAUGGGCAAAGGAGACCCUAAGAAGCCGAGAGGCAAAAUGUCAUCAUAUGCAUUCUUUGUGCAAACCUGCCGGGAGGAACACAAGAAGAAGCAUCCAGAUGCUUCUGUCAACUUCUCAGAGUUCUCUAAGAAGUGCUCAGAGAGGUGGAAGACCAUGUCUGCUAAAGAAAAAGGAAAGUUUGAAGACAUGGCCAAGGCGGACAAGGCUCGUUAUGAGAGAGAAAUGAAAACCUAUAUCCCUCCUAAAGGGGAAACAAAAAAGAAGUUCAAGGAUCCCAAUGCACCCAAGAGGCCUCCUUCGGCCUUCUUCUUGUUCUGUUCUGAAUAUCGCCCCAAAAUCAAAGGAGAAUACCCCGGCCUAUCCAUUGGUGAUGUUGCAAAGAAACUGGGAGAGAUGUGGAACAAUACUGCUGCGGAUGACAAGCAGCCUUACGAAAAGAAAGCUGCCAAGCUGAAGGAAAAGUAUGAAAAGGAUAUUGCUGCCUACAGAGCUAAAGGAAAACCUGAUGCAGCAAAAAAAGGAGUUGUCAAGGCUGAAAAGAGCAAGAAAAAGAAGGAAGAGGAGGAAGAUGAGGAAGAUGAAGAGGAUGAGGAAGAAGAGGAAGAUGAAGAAGAUGAGGAUGAAGAAGAAGAUGAUGAUGAUGAAUAAGUUGGUUCUAGCGCAGUUUUUUUUUCUUGUCUAUAAAGCAUUUAACCCCCCUGUACACAACUCACUCCUUUUAAAGAAAAAAAUUGAAAUGUAAGGCUGUGUAAGAUUUGUUUUUAAACUGUACAGUGUCUUUUUUUGUAUAGUUAACACACUACCGAAUGUGUCUUUAGAUAGCCCUGUCCUGGUGGUAUUUUCAAUAGCCACUAACCUUGCCUGGUACAGUAUGGGGGUUGUAAAUUGGCAUGGAAAUUUAAAGCAGGUUCUUGUUGGUGCACAGCACAAAUUAGUUAUAUAUGGGGACGGUAGUUUUUUUUUCAUCUUCAGUUGUCUCUGAUGCAGCUUAUAUGAAAUAAUUGUUGUUCUGUUAACUGAAUACCACUCUGUAAUUGCAAAAAAAAUUGCAGCUGUUUUGUUGACAUUCUGAAUGCUUCUAAGUAAAUACAAUUUUUUUUAUUAAAAAAAAAA